AUGUCUGGAUCCCUGCAGGAUCCCCAGAACCCAUCAUCCCCGCAUGGGACGGGGAACAACAAGAUCGACGAUGCCCUCGAUAUCAGCAUCAUCGUGUUCAUGGCCAUCGCCUUGUACAAUGCCCUCGAACUAGCAAUUCUCAUCCCGCUAUCCUUUCACCGCUAUCGCAGCCUCUACUUUUGGUCUCUGUUGACAUCCGCCGUCCUCGGCGUGGCUCCCCAGUCGAUUGCGGGAGGGUUGCAAUACUUCAAUCUGGAGCCACUCAGCGCGAGCGUCGUCGUGCAGAAUGUUGCAUGGAUCCUGAUGGUACCCAACCAGUCUGUGGUUCUCUACUCACGACUACACUUGGUGUCGCAAAAUACGACGAUACUGAAGACCGUGCGGUGGCUGAUCGUGCUGAGCCUGGUCGUGAUAGUCGUCCCGACUAUCGUGUUGAAUGCGGGUUGGAGUUACAACCCCGAGUCUCCUAGUUGGAGUCGCGGGUACUUUGCCAUGGAGCGCAUUCAAGUGACCUGGUUUACCGCGCAGGAAUGUUUUAUCUCGGGGAUAUAUAUCUGGAAUACGACGCGGUUGAUUCGAUUGAGUCCGACUGGAGAUGCGAAACGGCAUAAAAUUCUGUCCGAAUUGCUGGCCGUCAACGUCGUCGUUAUUAUCAUGGACUUGGCCCUGGUGAUUCUCCAGUAUUUGAACUACUAUUUUACGCAGGUGAUUUUCAAAGCGACAGUUUAUAGUGUCAAGUUGAAGCUUGAAUUUGCCGUGUUGGGCAUGCUGGUUUCAAUUGUACAUAGGCGAGAUUCGGAUGAGAGUUUCUGGCGGACUGAUGAAAUGAUCGCGAAUCCUUCAUGA